AAUAAUUUUUUUUUAAACGAAGAAUAUUUUUAUUUUAUUUGCAGCCAAUUAAUUUUUUACUAGUAAGACCAUUAAUCAAGACACUAAAAAUGCUGCGCCAUAUUAAUAAGUUUUCUUCUAUGUUAGUACGAGGUAUUUCUUUAUCUCGACAAGAAAAAAAACACUUUCAAGUGAAUAGUAACAAAGAGUUUGUUAGCAAAGUAAUGAAUAGUUCAAUACCAGUUAUUGUAAAUUUUCAUGCUCACUGGUGUGAACCUUGCACAAUACUUACACCUAAGUUAAUAGAUCUUAUAGAACCAAUGGAUAAAUUAGAUCUUGCUAUUAUAGAUCUAGAAUUAAAUCCAGGAUUAGUACAUAUCUUUGAAGUGGAAGCUAUACCUGCUGUUCUAGUAAUUUCAAAUGGAUUAGUUAUUGAUAAAUUUAUAGGCUUAAUUGAUAUCAAAACAAUAGAAAAUUUAAUAAAUAAGCUUACUCAUGAAAAUAUAUCACCAUCUACAAAUUCUAAAGAUAAUGAAGAAAUUUAGAAAUAUGUAUACCAUCUAUGCAUAUUAUAUCAAACUAUUGUAAUAAGUUUUGUAAAAUAUAUUUUCAAAAUUUAUAUCAUAUUAGAUAUCAUUGUAAAAUGUAAAUUAUAAAUUUAAUAUAGAUAUAUUUCUUUUUUAUA